GUUAAUGUGGCAUUGGUUUACAAACCGACACUCCUUUUUCUUUUUACAUAAUCUGGUUGAAUCUUUGGUUAUGUUGGAAGUCUUUUUUUUUUUUUUUGGAAAUUAAGCAGAUUAUGGAGGAGCAAUUGGGGCUGCUAAAAGUUGUUGUUGUACAAGGGAAAAGACUGGUCAUCCGGGAUUUCAAGAGUAGUGAUCCUUACGUUGUAGUCAAAUUAGGCAAUCAGGUGAGCUACAAUCUUCUUUUGAUUUGUUCCUAACCUGGUACACUUUGUCAGUCCUAUGAUGUUGAUAUUCCUCGCCAAUCUUGGCUGAAAUCCACUGAUUCUUGAUUCUUUUGGGAGAUGACAGCACAAGGGGCCUACAUUUUUUAUCGUUCUUUUACUCUGCCCUCAACCUGGCUUUAGAUUUAUUUUUUAAAAUUUUAUUAUUAUUUAUUUAUUUGAGUACCUAAAAUGGCAUUUUUUAUUCAUAGUUGGUGUUUAAAAAUACUUGGGACCUUGGUCUUCUUUACCUUGCCUUGAUGAGACUGUUGCAAUCCUCUAGACUCUUAAGCAUAAGAAUGACUUAAACGUUUGUUUACUUCUGUAUUUUUUUUAAUCUUUAUUUCUGUAACAGACAGCAAAAACAAAGGUCAUAAAUAGUUUCCUUAAUCCAAUCUGGAAUGAAGAACUGACUUUCUCCCUCAAAGAACCUAAUGGAGUUUUGAAUUUGGAAGUGUUUGAUAAAGACCUCUUGAAGACAAAUGACAAAAUGGGACAUGCACAACUCAGCCUUCAACCACUUGUCUCUGCUGCUAGACUCAGGCAGAUUCUGUAGAACUUCAAUGGCGAGACGGUGUUAAGGAAGGUUGUCCUAGAUAGUGACAACUGUUUGGUCAGAGAAAGCUCCAUCACUUGUGUCAAUGGUAAUGUUGAGAAAGCUCCAUAUUUCUUCUCUAGUUGUGAAUGUUUCUUGCUUGCUCAUUUGGAAAGCAGUUUUGUUCCAUAAUUAGAAGUUUCUACCAGUGCAAUUUAUUGGCUUGAUUGCUUCUAGGGUACUAGGACUUUCUGAGGUCCAUUUGAAAAAAAAAAAUAUAUGGAUGUGGGUUAUCUUGAUACUAAAUGUUUGAUGCUGCAAAAUUAAGAAAGCUAAGACCAAGUUUCAAGCUGAACGAGGGCUCUGUUACUGCUGGCAAUGCUUCAAUCAUAAGUGAUGGUGCAGCUGCAUUAGUCCUAGUGAGUGGAGAGAAGGCACUUCAACUUGGAUUGCAAGUAAUUGCAAAGAUUAAGGGCUAUGCUGAUGCAGCUCAGGCACCUGAAUUCUUUACAACUGCUCCAGCCCUUGUGAUACCAAAAGCUAUUUCAAAUGUUGGUUUAGAUGCUUCUCAGAUUGAUUACUAUGAAAUAAAUGAAGCAUUUUCUGUUGUAGCUCUAGCCAAUCAAAAGCUGCUUGGUCUUAAUCCUGAAAGCCUUAACGUACAUGGUGGGGCUGUAUCAUUGGGACACCCAUUAGGAUGCAGUGGAGCUCGAAUCUUGGUCGCAUUGUUAGGGAUAAUCUAUAAGCUUCCCUUCUCUUCAAUGCAUUCCUAG